AUGGCUGCAGUAGAAAAUGGAAAUCAACAGAAGAUUUGUGUACAAGUAAGCAGUUCAGAGAGAACUGUUAACAAUGAUACAUUGAUUCGAAAGGAGGUACUAGAUGAGAAAAGUAAUGAUGAUAUCGAAAUGGAUAUUAGUGAAGAAAUGGAAGAAAUUAGAGAAGCUGUUUAUGAUUUAUUGAGUAAUUAUCCUAAUGGUGUAAAUAUUAAUCAUUUAGAAAAAUUAUAUAAUGAAAAAUAUGUUGAAACUAGUACAGCACCAAAAUUACCAGAUAAUUGGUUAAAACAAAUAAAAUUGGCAGAUGAAUUUGAAUUUAAACAAGUUGGACCAAUAUCUAUAAUUUAUCAACGUCAAAAACAUGUUCCUUCUGUGGAUAAUAUUAAUAUUCAAAAACCUUCACAAAAUUCAUUCGAUAUAAUUGUUUCGAAUAAAGAUGAGGUUGAUCAAGAAUUAGAAAAAAAAAUUAAUUCAAUAACAGUUGAAGAUUUAAAAAAAAAACCAUCAGUAUCUAAUUAUAUAAAAACAAAAAAUGAACAUAAAAUAUCAACAACAACUUCACUAUCAUUAGAGGGUGAUGAAGUAAAUAAACUAGGAUAUGCUACUUAUAUUGAUAUUAAUGGUGACAUAGCAGUCAAAUUUUUGGAGAAAGAAACAAGUGUAUUAAGAUUAUUUAGAGAAAUGAAUACAUUUUAUAUUAAAAAUGUUAAAGAAUAUGGACCAUUAGAUAGAAAAGAUAUUAAAUGUAAUGAUUAUGUUGCUUAUUUUGAUCGCCUACUUAAACAAACAUUUAGAGUACAUAUUCUUGAGGAUCCACAAGAAGGUAGUGAUGUUGUUAAAGGAAGAUUAAUUGAUCAUGGAAUGAUUAUUAAUGCUAAAAUUUUAUCAUUAAGAAAAUUAGCUGAUAAUUUUCAAAUUACAUCUAUUUUACCAUAUACAAAUAUAAUUGAAUUUUCUAAAAAAUAUCCAAAUAUUCCAAAAGGUUUUUAUAAUAGUUUAAUAACAAGAGGAGAACAAAUGAAUACACCUAUUUUAAUAAGAAUUAAUCUUGAAAGUGGUGAAUUUUUUACAAAACAUAAUCUUCCAUUAAAACCAUCAAAUGCUGUAGAAGAUAAUACAGUGAUUUUACCUAUAUUAACACCAUCUUUAAUUGCUCACUCAACUGAUCUACAUUCAGAACCAGAUAGAUCUAGUGGUUCAGGUAGAUCAACACCUUUAACAGGGAAUUUUAAAAGCUUACUAGAAAACUGUCCAAUGAAACCAUUUGAUCUUGAUAAAGUUCCAAAUGAAAAAUUUUUUGCUAAAUUAUUAGUUUUUAAAGAUCCAUAUAAUAUAACAUUUCGUCUUCAAUCAAUGGAACCUAUUUAUAAUUAUAUGCAAGACAACUUAUCACGUCAAUCUCAAGCUCAGUCAUCACCACCACCUUCAGCCGAACUGAAAGCAGGGGCAUUAUUAGCAGCUAGUAUGGGACCAAGUAAUUGGCAAAGAGUUAUUUUAAUAAAACAAGUUAUGCCCACUAAUCAUUCUGGUGGUGUUUAUCAAUAUGCCACAUGGUUAGUUUUUGCUUUAGAUCUUGGUAUUCAAACAACUGUACAAGAAAGAAAUUUAAGAACAUUAUCAGCUUCAACAAUUGCUGUAGACAAAAUGUUGUGUUUCAGGGCGAAACUUCAUAAUAUUCGCCCAAUUCAAGAAGCACAAGUUUCUACAAAAGCUGGUGAAGUUGUUAAUAAAAAAGUAUGGAAUAGAGAUGAUUUAAAACCUUUAAAAACAUUACUCUUUAAUGUUAAUUCUGAAUCAACAGAAGAGGGUGGAAGAAGUAUAUCAAAUAGUGGAUAUACUGUAUUCUCUUUGACACCACAAGCACCUUGGACUACAUAUAAAAAAGAAGACGCUCCAAGUCUUCCAUUUAUUUCUGCUUCUAUUGAAUUUAAUGGAACAGAUUUGGGACAUUAUUUAGUAGAACAAGGUUUAGCUGAAUGGGUAACAUCACCUGAUAAAAAAUAA